GUUCCAUCAAUAAAUAAAAAAAGACUGGCGCAAUGUUUAAUUUUCCAUCAUUUGGCAUUUAUAAUUGAAACUAGCAAAACGACGUCGCAUGUUGUGAGUCGAGUCACUCUCCUAAAACCCUUAACAUCCACCGCGCCGCCACCGCCACCGCCAAAUCGCCGGUGGUACGAACCUACAUGGAGAAGGAGGAUGAGAAGAAGACUAAGGUAUACGAGAGCUACGUGGUUGUUCACAAUAUAGCGAAGCGGCACAACGUCGGGACGCUCGCCCGCAGCGCUACAGCUUUCGGGGUGGCGGAGAUGAUUUUGGUCGGCCGCCGCGACUUCAACGCCUUCGGCAGCCACGGAUCCACCUCGCACAUACGUUUCCGACAUUUUCACACCCUCUCUCUUGCCCGUACCUAUCUCAAGGAGAGGGACUGUGACAUAUGUGGAGUGGAGAUCACAGAUAAUGCCGUGCCAGUUAACGCCCAUCCUUUCAGGAAGAGCACUGCUUUUCUCGUGGGCAACGAGGGAACAGGGCUUUCUCCAAAGGAGUGUGAGAUGUGUGACUUCUUCGUUUACAUUCCACAAUAUGGUGGUGGCACUGCUUCUCUAAAUGUAACUGUAGCUGCCUCCAUUGUCCUACAACAUUUUGCAGUUUGGGCAGGAUUCUCUGAAAGAACUCGUGAAGGGAACAAGUUUAUUGUUGCCGAUAAACCUGCUUUGACGGGAAGGAAAUUCUGUGCAGAAACAGCAGAAUCCAUAGCAGAGGAACGGAAACUGAAGAAGGAAAGCGCUGCAAAUGGCUUCUUUUCUGAGAGUGGGAGCAAUGAAAAUCCUUCCAACCUUUUGGAUUCAUUGUUUGACUCAUAACGAAAGGGACUUCCCAAUUUUAAGGUGCUUUGGACAUCUACCUGCUCUAGAUUGCACUCCUUUCAUAAAAGAGGUUGAAUCUGACUUUGUAUGCAAUUCACAAACACCAGAAGCCAUUGAAGGAAUGCAUACAGUUAUAUGUAUCUGAUAUUAGUAAAAGUUCAAGGUGUAAGAGGUGAAGAUCGAGAAAUUUGAUCAGUUUUCCCUGACGGUAAGACUUGUGUAGUAAAUUAUUCUUGUGUUAGUAUUAUGCUACCAAACACAGUAUUUAUAGAAAAUAUCUGGAAAUUUUCAUUUCUGCAAUCUGAACUGAAAAUGGUUGAUGCAGCAAUUAUUUCUGUAAGUAUGAUUGAUUUUUUAUGCUUAUUAUUUGAAUAUGCUACUAUUAAUUUUCUCA